GAGACGAUGUUGAGCCUCUUCAUGAGCAUCUGCGGUGGUGUGAGUUGGGAGAACGUCCUGGCACCCCUGAAGAGUAUGUCCGUGAUUUGGGUCCUGCUCUACCUGUUCUACAUAGCCUUCACUUAUUUCGCAGUAAUGAACGUGGUAACUGCGGUCUUUUGCCAGAGCGCCAUUGACGGGGCCCAGAACGACCACGCAUCGAAGGUGCAUGCGAUCCUGUCGAACAAGGAGGAGCAUCUGGGAAAGAUCCGGGCUUUGUUCUCCCAGUUCGGAGCAGAAGACGGCGUCAUCACCUUCGACCUCUUCCGGGAAAAGAUCAAAAGUCCAGAGGUGCGUCACUAUUUCCAAACGCUGGGUUUAGAUGUAUGGGAUGCGUGGUCCUUCUUCAAGCUGCUGGAUGAGGAUGCCGGAGGGGCCGUGGAGAUCGAGGAGUUCCUGAUGGGCUGCUUACUGUUGCGUGGGCAGGCCACGGCUAUGGAUGUUGGAAAGAUCAUCAAUGACCAGCAGUGGCUGAUUCGAAACCAGGGCAAGUUCCACGCUUACAUGGAGGUCGAGCUUCGGCAGCUGAAAGAGCAAGUGUCGAUCCUGACUGGAUAUUCCAUUGCACUGCGGUUCUGCGGUGAAUUUUCGAGAUCGCAGGCCUACAGGCAAAACAUGGAAGACCUACCCGUUGCUUGGCCGUACCGCUACCAGCCGCACAGCCGGGAGUCCGUGCCGUGCCGCCUCGCUCCGCACCAUGCGCGCCUGGACCACCGGGCACACUACCCCUUCGAGGUGACCAGCAAGAGUGACCUUACCUCUGCUUACAGCCUGACAGACCACAAUCCGUACUGCUAUAGCCCUGUGAGCUUCGCUCACCGCGUCGCCCAGCGCUUGUUGGAGGGCGAGGCACAAACCCAGCUGGUAGUGCAAGCCAGAGCUGCUGGAGCCAAAACUUGCUCCGACCCAACAGCCAUGGCAAUCGGGAUCGUGGAUGAGUUGCAAAGCUUCCCGAGUCCAAGCCGCUCCAUUUUGGAGGAGUCCGUCCUGGGCCUGUUUGCAUCGAACCCGUUCCCAGAGAAAGCUCCAGCUUUCGUCCGAGUCACGGGCUACGGGCUGAGCCCUUGCAGCAUCGCCCACCACCAGAAGACAGGGAACUGGUGGCAUGCACAGCAGUUGUGCGAGGUCGUGCCUCCGCGUCAAACUGACCCCAGCAUUUGGCAGCGGUGGGUUCCACACGCCGAGUGCUUCCAUCCAGAGCAUGCUCUGCCUCGCCGCGGCGGCGGCGGCCAUGGCGGCGCGCCUGGCUCCCUGGGCCUUCGCGCCGGCGGGCUUUCAGGUGCGUGUAUGCCGCUGGCGGGGGAAAGGAAGGGAUGCAUCUGCACCCUCACAAGGUCAGGCAGGAAGCUUUGCCAUGGCGGGCGCUGCAGCGGCCGGCCUGGCUCUGGGAGCAGCAGCGGCUGCUGGCCGCAGCGCACGUGCCUCCGCCAUGGCACGGCGUUCGCACGCAGUGAAAAUCUACGACACUUGCAUCGGCUGCACUCUGUGCGUGCGUGCAUGCCCCACAGAUGUCCUGGAGAUGGUCCCGGCCACUAUCAACGCAGCCAAGCAGGUGGCUUCGUCCCCGCGAGUGGAGGCUGGAAAAGGGCGCCUGGGUCGGAACAAGUCCGCGAAUGUGAUGCUGAGCGGUCAGGAUUGCGUUGGCUGCAAACGCUGCGAGACGGCCUGCCCCACCGACUUCCUGAGCAUUCGUGUCUACCUUCAG